AUGGCAUCCCCUCCACGCGCCUACUCGCCUGCGGGUUCUCCGCCAUACUCUUCUAGCGCGCAGUUACCAUCGAAGAAGCGUGGCUCCACAGCUGCUGAUCUCUCAUCUCAACCGCCCUCCCUCAAACGUCGCAAAGCAUCUGUCAUGUCCGUAGCCUCCGUAGGCUCAGCCCAUCCUCUUCGACAGACGUCCUUUCCGCCCGACGAAUCUCAAAUACAAGCCUUUUCUCCGUCCUAUCGGCGAUCUCCAAGUGUCGAUACCAUGAGCCUCGUUAGUGGUAGCCAAGUUAGCGGCGCGCCCACGAAAAAAAAACGCGGUAGAAAGUCAAAAGCGGAGCGCGCAAGCGAAGCAGCCGCUGAAGCCAUGCGAGAUGGCUCUCCGAGCGUCGUAGGAGGUCGCGCACAUACUAUCGUUAGUAAUGCGAGCGGUAAUCAUACUAGGAAGGACGUCGACCCAGACUCUAGGAAAGAAGAGGAGUUUGAGAUACCCGAGAAUAUGGCUAGCAUGUCUGCUGCUCGAACUAAGGAGCAGAUCGAAGAAGAAAAGGAGUUAAAUGCGCUUCUCAAGACGCAAAUGGAUGCUCUGCAGUUCGACCGGUAUGAGGUCUGGCAUCGCCAAACUCUUAAAACGUCAGACGUUAAAAGGCAUAUCAACAGCGUCACGUCGCAGUCGUGUCCUACUAAUGUCCAUCAAAUGAUGCAAGUAGUCUGCAAAAUGUAUCUUGGAGAUAUCGUCGAGUCCGCACGUGAGGUUCAACAAGAAUGGGUACAAUUAGGCGAGAAGCAAACCGACUUAUCUGACGACGAUCUUAAGCCUGCGAACGAGUUAUCAAAACACCGCCGACAAGCCCCCUUACGGCCCGAGCAUCUUCGCGAAGCAUAUAGACGCCGAAAGGCCGGUACUGAAAAUGGUGGCUCUUUGGGGAGCUUGAUGGUUUGGAACCAGCAAACGCAAAACGGAGCUGAAAGAUUCGCGGUAAGAGCAGGUGGCCGUCGAAUAUUCAAAUAA